UGGGAAGACGCUGGCUGGAUAAACAUAGACAACAAAGAGCUACUCAAAGCAACAGCUUACCAACUAAGGAUGAGAUUGGCACCAACAACCUUCCGGUGGGUGAAAGGCCAUAAUAGAGAUCUUGAAAACGAGAGAGCAGACACCCUAGCCAAAGAAGGAGCU